CUGGGACAUUCGACAAUCACAGUUUAUACAUAACGGCUGCAGCCAUGGCGCUUUGGACCCCGUACGCGGACGAAGCAUUGGACUUAACCAAAAACAAACGACAAUCACCUGAACGCGAUCGAUCCUUCAGACCGAUAGUGCCUGACUUGAGAUACGCAAGAGUAUCUCCUGAAUUGGAAGAAAAUAGAUACUACAGCUACUCUCACGAAUACACAGUUCCAUCGUCGCAAAUAUCUCCAAAUGAAAGUUUGUUCUGCAGAAAAGUGCCGUCGCCGCCGCAUUCGCUGGAUUCCCUCGACGUUGACUCACUAUCUGACGACAUGGAGUACCAAGCCUUCGAGCGGGAUGCUCUGCGAGCCAUGGCGGAGAAAAAUGGAGGCGCUUUGCUAGGAAAUAACCCGAGAAUGAGACGCGCGGUGCAGACGAGUCAAGCAGCGGACGACUCUUACAGAAAGCAGCGGGAGAGAAAUAACUACGCGGCCAAACAGAGCAGAGAUAGAAGAAAAUUGAGAGAAGUUAGGCUAGCGUUUCAAGUGACAUUUCUGAAAAAGAAAAUCGCGGACUUAAGGACCCAGGUCGACGAAAAUGUUUGCGUGAGGUGCAUGCAGCAGUGUCGGUGUUAACUAUAUCGUGAUAGAGGUGUGAAAUACGCGGCUAAAAUACUAGCUUUUGCCCACGACUUCGCCGGCGGACUUGUGGAAUCCAUAUUUUGUACAAAUAGUAAUUGUUACGUAUUUAUUUUUUGAAACGGGAUCAAAGAGGACGGGAUACAGAUUUUAUCCCCUUUUUUACGAGCUUCAGUUUUAUUUUUGUGUCAAAAGUAAACCAAAUACUUUCCGAAGAUUUUAUUUAGUUUUGUAGCAAAAUUCAUCAAAAUCCGUUUUAAUUUUUCAGGUAUCAAAAAAUGUGUGUUUAUCAAAAUCUAGACUUAAUCUACUAAAGAAUAUGCAUUCUAUGACUUAAUAUCAAAUAAAUUACAUUUUAAAUUAAGUAAUCGGUGAUUGUUCCGUACAACAUCGAAGUAGGUACUUACUGAUUAGCUGUAAACAAAAAUACAAUAACAUUGAUUAUGAAAUACCUAUUGUACAGAUUGAAUUAAUUUAGCUAUAAAUAUACAUUUACAUAGGUAUCUUGUGAUAUGAAUGUAAAGCGAAUUAGUACCUACCUAAUUAACAAAUUAUAUGCAUUAUAAAAAAUAAUAAAUUAAAAUUUUCUUAUUCAUAA